AUGAGAAAGCUGUUCGGGACAGACGGAAUCCGGGGGGUGGCUGGCCGCUUUCCUCUGGACGAGGAGACGGUUUGCGCCAUCGGCCUGGCGCUGGCCGAGUUCGUGGGAACUCAGGGCGGCAGCCGGGUCCUGAUCGGCAGAGAUACGCGGGAAUCCAGCCCCUGGAUUGCAGGCCGGUUGAGCCAGGCCCUCGCUUAUCGGGGCAUCGCCGCCAUUCACGACCUGGGAGUGAUCCCUACCGCGGGCCUGGCCUACCUGACCCGGGCUCGCGGCUACGAUCUGGGGAUCAUGAUCUCCGCUUCCCACAAUCCUUACCAGGACAACGGGAUCAAGCUGUUUUCGGGACAGGGCUUCAAGAUAUCGGAUGACCGGGAGCUGGAGAUCGAGCGAAGCAUCGAGUCCUGGAGGAACACCCCGGCGGUCUCGGCCUGCCGGGGCUCAGCAGGACCCGACAAGCGGGAGUCGCUGGCGGCGGACUACCUCGACUUCUUGAGCCGGCAAGCCGGGAGCGGCCUGGAGCCGCUGCGUGUGGGCCUGGACGUUUGCAACGGCGCCGCCGGCGUCAUCGGGCCUCGGCUGUUCAACAGGCUGGGGGCCGAGGUCACCGUCAUCAACGACCGGCCGGACGGUCGAAACAUCAACCGCAACUGCGGAUCGCUGCACCUGGAGGGCCUGACCCGGGCCGUUGAAGCCAACUCGUUGGACCUGGGCGUGGCCUUUGACGGGGACGCCGAUCGGGUCCUUUGUGUCACCGGCAGCGGAAAAUGGCUGGACGGGGACCAUUUCCUCUAUGCCCUCUCCAGGGACUGGAAAGCCAAGGGGACAUUGGCCAGCGGCAAGGUGGUCGGAACCAUCAUGACCAACCUGGCCCUGGAAAAGGCCCUGAUCCGGGAAGGCAUCCCCUUGAUUCGCACUCCGGUGGGAGACAAGUACGUCCUGGAGGCCAUGCGGACCUCGGGAGCCGUCCUGGGAGGCGAACCCUCGGGACACAUCAUCCUGGGCAACCUGCAUACCACCGGAGACGGCAUCCUGACAGCGGUCAAGCUGGCGGAGUUGCUGGUUCGCCGCGGCCUGAGCCUGGACGACCUGGUUGCCGGAUACCGGCCCUUUCCGCAGGUUCUCGACGGCCUCAGGGUGUCCCGCAAGAUCCCCAUUGAGCAGUCCCCCGAGCUGUUGGCCCUCAUUGGCAACGCCCGGGCGCAACUGUCGGAUUCCGGCCGCAUGGUGGUGCGCUAUUCCGGCACCGAACCCUUGCUGAGGAUCAUGGCCGAAGGCCGGGAGCUGGCCCAGUCCAAGCCGCGGUGGAAAGCCUGA